AGGGAAUUGAACCUUCUCAUGUAGCUAUUGCUAUUUGGAACGUUUGAUAAAAACCAUGAAAAAUAUUUGACGCUGUUACGCCAAACCAACGCAAGGAAACUACUGGGACUGAGGAUUCGGUGAAACAGGUUCCAUGACGUAGGCUGGUACGGACGAAUGCUACUACGAGGGGCUCGCUUCUAGCCGCGUUCGGCUAGGUUUACCGUAUGAUUGAUGAAUCAUACACCCGGGGUUCCCUUAUCCUCGUCGAUAGAAUUUCAUUCAUGGUUUUGAGUUGCGAUAAUCAGUGGGUCCCUCGGGCUCGCGGGAAAAGUAGCAGCGGACGAGAGCGACGACAGUGACGAGUGUGAAUCAGACAUGCACGGUGGAACCAACCACCAUGUAUCUACAUUUCAAUUCGUUUGUAGUGUGUCAUGGUGUGGCGCAGGCGGGGAGAAACGUGCACCUGUCUCAUUCCUAGUGCUGACGACGUCCUGACAGGAUGAAACUAUAGUGCGGGCUUUUCCCGAAUUAUCCUGGAGUGCGAAAAAUUGCAGAAUCUGGUUGAAUUUGACCGGAGCAUUAACAACAAACAGGAAAAAAGAGCCAAACAUGAAUUUUUCUCCAUUUGGAACACAUUUUCCCGGUACUAUACCGGGAAUUCAUCAAUUUGCCAGCAGUGGCUUGGUAACAAGUGUACCUUCGUCCUCACAUGACACCAGCAAUCGUUAUCACUCGAUCAAUUCCAACGUGAGCAUGGCUCAUUUCAACCAAUCGCACGCACCAAUUCUGGGGAAGUUCCGUCCGGAUGACACAUCCAACGUGAUUAACCCAAACAAGUACAACGGGCACACCAGUGCCCCUACAAUUACAACCACCAGUGGCCAGUAUACAAUACCAUACAGCCAACAUUCAGACGUGAAUGAUCACAAACAACGCAACAUGUAUCCUCAGACGACAUCCUCUCUUGCGGCAGUCGGUCCAGCUCAAUCUUCCCAAGAAAUUACUCAAGAUCUGAGUGCUCUGUUACAACAGGCGGAUAGCAAGCGUGUUCUUCAGAAUCCAAGCUGGCAAUCGCUGGCACCAGGAACAUCCGUGGCAGACUAUCUUUCUCACCUUCCAGGAACCGCUCUUCCACUAUCACUCCAUCACUUCCUCAAAUAUUCUGCAGAAAAUAUAAAAAAGGAAACCCAAAAUCCGCUCUCUACGAUCGAUAUGUCCCAAACGCAAUCCCAAAACAUGAACACAAACAAUGGACAACAUUCGAACGGUAUGAUAUUGCCGGCUUCGCAAGCAAUUGCAAGUAUCUUAGGUCAUCAGAACCAAAUUGGACAACAGCAACAACAACAGCAUCUCAAUCAGCAGGGUAAGUUUCCUGCCACUAGUUCGGGAACCGUGAAUGGGACCAAUAAUAUCAAUGGCGCAGGAGACACGAGUAAAAAGAAGAAAAAGAAAAAGAAAAAACCACCGAAGGAACGCAAACCGCGCCCAAAGCCAGGUGAAAUCCAAGUUCGAACAGCACUGGACGGCAGCCCACUAUUUUUGUGCCCUGAGUGUCAAAUGGCAUACCCAGAGCGAGAAUUACUGGAGCAACAUUUGAUCGGACAUAAUCUUGAGCGCCGAUUCAUUUGCGAUAUCUGCAAUGCGGCAUUGAAACGGAAAGAUCAUCUCACACGUCAUAAACAAAGCCACAACCCAGAGAGACCAUUUGUGUGCACCAUUUGUCUGAAGGCGUUCAAACGCAAGGAACAGCUCACCCUUCAUAUUGUUAUCCAUUCAGGAGAGAAAAGGCACAUUUGCCAGGAAUGCGGCAAAGGAUUCUAUAGAAAAGACCAUCUUCGCAAGCAUACCCGUUCCCACAUUGCCCGUCGACUGAAGGCGGAGCUUCAAGCACAACAAGGUGGCGCAGAAGGUACCUCGUCCGCAGGAUCCUCUCGCGGAGGUAAUAGUCAGCCCAAUCAAAAUCACCAGAAUGUAACCCAGCAGCAGCAGGUUCCUCCGCAGGCACAAAUCCAACUUCAACCUCAGAGCACUAAUCAACCUCAACAACUACAGCCUCCACAAUACCACCCUAUUCCUCCGACAUCGCAAAUGAUGCCGUGAAAAUAAGUUUGUUAAUCUCUCGGAACACUCAGUAAAUUUUACACUUUCUGUCGCUGUCGUUGUACACCUUCAUUGGGCGGAGAUAUUUUUUGUGCGGUUGUCGUGAUUUGGUAGAAUCUCCUUGACUUACAUUUAGCAUAAUCGAUAUACCAUAAAUGAAUUAAGAGGUAAUAUAUUCGUGCAAUUAAAGUGUUUAUAUAUCUUUAUGUUCAUCAUUGUUCCUUAGUUUCGAUUCUAGUCAACACUUUAGAAACCUAAUUAGGUAAACGGAAGUUUCAAAUAGUUUGUUAGUUGAUGGUCGAUCGCGCAAAUAAGUUUAUUCAAAAUUUUAGCUACGUUUUGCAAAUGAAAGUAUAGUUUAAAUAUUUAGUUCGUUUAUCAAUUCAACUCUUACACUAUACGACUAUAAAACACUAUGAAAAUACUGAUCUUAUACAAGCAAAUUAUAUAGGAAAUAAGCAAAUCACCCAAUAAAACUAUACGCAACAAUA